AUGGUCAAUGUGCACAAGGGAGUGCUUGUUAAGUGUGAUCCUGCAAUGAAGCAGUUUUUGCUCCACCUGGCAGAAAAUUUGAUUUUGGGUAAAAAUUUCGUCCACACGGAUUUGGAUGAUCAUCAUUUGUUCAUUGAUCCGGAUAUUUUGGGCAAACUGCAAGAGCGUGUUGACCAACUGAUGGAAAGUCUUUCGUUCCCUAUGACAAUCGAAGCGGAUUGA